CUCUCUCUCUCUCGUUAUGGGUUUUUCUUGAAUUUCUUGAGCUUGAUUUUUACCUUGAAGAAAUAUGAAAUAUUUUGCUUCGAUUUUUCGAGUUGUUUUACUCGUUUUUGGAUUCUUGUUUGCCAGCUGUACCGCAUUUCCAAGAAAUGAAGUUGAAGCUUUAACUUCUUUCAAGAGAGCUAUUUUCGACGACCCGUUGCUCGUUUUGUCGAAUUGGAAUCCUCUAGAUUCCGAUCCUUGUUACUGGUUCGGCGUCUCUUGUUCAAUAGCUAGUGACCAUGUCGUAAAGAUUAACAUAUCCGGGGCCUCUUUAAAGGGUUUUAUCGCGCCAGAAUUUUACCAGCUCUCGACUUUGCAAGAAUUAAUCUUGCAUGGGAAUUCGUUGAUCGGCAUCAUACCUAAAGAAAUCGGCAUGCUGAAAAACCUCAAAAUCUUGGAUUUAGGCUCAAACCAGCUUAGUGGACCAAUCCCGCACGAGAUCGGAAAUUUAACCAGCAUUCAGAAAAUGAAUCUGCAAUCGAAUGGAUUGAGUGGAAAGUUACCUUACGAAAUUGGUAAAUUGAAAUACCUCGAGGAAAUUCGGCUCGACAGAAACAAGUUUCAAGGAGCUAUUCCUGCUACUAAUAGCUCAGAGUCUCCGUCGAGCACACAUGAAAUGUAUGCUUCGAAAGGAAGCGCGAUGGGAUUUUGUGGAUUGUCGCAAUUAAAAGUGGUCGAUUUAUCAUUUAAUUUUUUCGGUGGGAGCAUACCUAAGUGCUUGGAGUAUCUACCGAGACCAAGUUUUCAAGGCAAUUGCCUUCAAGCGAAAGAUCCAAAGCAGCGCCCUUCUGCACAAUGUGGUGGUGCUGCUCCACCUGUUAAUACGAAGCGGAGGCCAAUCGAAAACGGGUCGAAAAAUGGAUCCAACGGGUCGAAACCCGCUUGGCUAUUGGCACUCGAAGCGGUGACUGGGAUAAUGGUCGGUUUGCUCUUCGUCGUUGCUAUUUUCACCGCGCUUCAAAAGUGGAAGAGAAAGCCUUCGAUUACUAACCCGUGGAAGAAAUUUGGAAGUACAAAGGACUACAUGACAAUUUACAUAGAUUCAGUAACAUUAAAAGAUGUAACAAGAUUUAGCAGACAAGAACUCGAGGUAGCAUGCGAAGAUUUUAGCAACAUUAUCGGUUCUUCCCCAGACAGCAUAGUAUACAAAGGUACAAUGAAAAACGGACCCGAAAUCGCUGUAAUAUCCCUUUGCAUUAAAGAAGAGCAUUGGACAGGCUAUCUCGAACUUUACUUUCAAAAAGAGGUGGCGGAUUUGGCUAGGCUGAACCACAAAAAUGUAGGAAAAUUAUUAGGCUAUUGCAGAGAAAGCAACGAAUUUACGAGGAUGCUUGUGUUUGAAUAUGCUUCGAACGGGACACUUUACGAGCACCUUCAUUAUGGAGAAGGGUGGCAGUUUUCUUGGACGAGGCGAAUGAAAAUUAUAAUUGGAAUUGCCGAGGGUCUAAAGUAUCUUCACACGGAAAUCGAUCCUCCGUUUACUAUUUCCGAAUUGAGCUCGAGUUCCAUUUAUCUCACCGACGAUUUUUCUCCCAAGCUCGUCGAUUUUGAGUGCUGGAAAACGGUGCUCUCGAGAUCGGAGAAGAGCACAGGCACAAUAAGCAACGAAGGGGCUGUUUGUAUACUUCCAAAUUCUUUGGAAAGGCGAUAUCUCGAUGUACAGGGAAAUAUUUACGCUUUUGGGAUUCUAUUACUCGAAAUUAUCAGCGGGAGACCUUCGUAUUCCAAAGACAAAGGAUGCUUAGUCGAUUGGGCGAAGGAGUAUUUGGAAAUGCCGGAUAUUAUGUCUAGUGUUGUGGACCCCGCGUUGAAACAUUUCAGAGACGAGGAUUUGAAAGUGGUGUGUGAGGUGGCGAAACUGUGUAUAUGUCCUAGUUCGAGUACUAGGAUUUCGAUGGGAGAAUUGUCCGCUAUGUUGGAAAACGGGAUAGAUACGUCUAUUUCGGCUGAGAUGAAGGCGUCGUCUUUGGCUUGGGCUGAACUCGAGCUCUCUUCGUAGUUGACUUUGACUUUGAUGAUGCUAACACUGUAAAUGUGGAAAAAGAAAAUAGAUAGUUACUUUAACUUUUAUGUUUCUGAUGUGUUGAAGGUUGUUCCAAUUCUUUGUAUUAACAUUUUUUUCUUCAGAUUUGUAAAACUGAAUUUCAAUGUACUGUCGAAUUUGUUGGAAUCUAAUGUUUGAUUCAUAGAGAAGUUAUACUA